ACGCGGCGCGGGAGCGAGCGAGGGCGCAGGUCUCGCAUGUCUGCGAUGCCGCCGCUGCCGUUGCCGAGGGGCAUGUCGGAGUUUGGGAUGCUGGACGGUGAGAAGGGAGGGGGAGAAGGUAGUGGGAGCGAAGAGGAGGUCAAUAAGUCGUACACUAACACCCGAGUUGUGUAUCUACAAGGCCUGGGAAUAUAUUUCGGUUACAAUCACAAUUAGUGGACCGCAUGGAUUGUUGGAAAUAGAGGACUGGACAGAGCACAAAGGGGUGCAGAGGGCAGGAGAUUUACAGCGUGUUGACCAGCAUUUCAUAGCACACAAGGUAAGGCAAGCCCACUUUCGUUCUGAUUGUAACAACUUUCAUUCCGACCUGUUCUAACUGCUAAGACCAUCCUAUUCCUUGUCCCUCCUCACCCAACACAAAGCACUGCAAAGGCUCGUACCCUAUGCCCCCCUUCCCCCC